CACGCGCGCGCUGACAAACCUGAACGAGCUGAGUUGGACAAGACCAAAAGAUUUCCCCUCAAAUGACGCAAUACGAAGCAAGGCGCUGGUUAUAAAACCAUAGCGUUAUAAGGCUCAUCACAGUCUGUUUGGUCUAUUUCCCGCCCCAUACGACACCUACUGCAAGUGAUCGCCAAGUCUAUCUAACACGAUCCAAGAACAACUUCCAAAGAUGGUUUACACCUCUCCCCUCGCUGGCUAUGAAAACGCACCGCCGUUGCCCGAUGAGAGGGCAGCGGAUGGGAAAAGCUACGUGAAUCCACCAGCAGAGAAGCUGAGCGAGGCGUAUGAACAAUUCAUUGAUCCGCUUGACCGGACAAGACGGGGUGGUUUCGACGUCCACAUCUACUACCUCCAGACAAAUCCGGAGCAGUCAAAGUAUGCUAGCGAGCUCUGGCAACGAAUCCGAAGAGAAUUUCCCGAGUUGAGAAUCUACACGUUCUGGGACAAGCCUAUUGGACCCCACCCGGUGGCCAUGUUUGAAGUCAAUCUUUUCACUCCAGCACAAUUCGGCGCCUUUAUCUCGUGGCUGGCCAUCUGGCGCGGGCCCCUGUCCGCCCUUAUCCAUCCAAACGUCGUACCAGAAGAGGGUGCAAAUCGUAUGGAAUCUGAGAAGAGGGAUCACUCCGAGAGAGCAAUUUGGAUGGGCGAAAAGUAUCCGUUGGACUUGAGCCUCUUCGAUCGCCGAUAAGUUUAGGUUAAAUCGUAUUAUGCGUUAAUAAAUAAUAAAAGCAACGUUCAGCAUCACAA